CCGGUGAGCACAUUAGCACACGGAGAGAAGGAAACAAGAGGAGCACGCACGCACAGCCAUGUCCCUGCUGCUCAUGAUCCUCUUGCUUUCCUCCACAGCUGCGGCGGCGGCGCAGGCCGGCACGAACCCAGGCAAGAUCGCGAGGAGUCAGUUCCCCGGGGACUUCCUCUUCGGCACGGCCUCUUCAGCCUACCAGUAUGAAGGUGCUGUGAGGGAAGGCGGCAGAGGACCCAGCAUCUGGGACGCCUUCACUCACGAUCACCCAGAAAAGAUAGCAAAUGAAAGCAAUGGAGAUGUAGCAAUAGACUCCUACCACCGGUACAAGGACGACGUCAACAUCAUGAAGGAUUUGGGCUUUAAGGCCUAUAGAUUUUCUCUUUCUUGGUCACGAAUUCUGCCUAGUGGGAAAUUGUGUGGAGGGGUCAACAUGGAAGGAAUCAAUUACUACAACAAUCUCAUCGAUAAACUCAUUUCGGAAGGUAUUAAACCAUUUGUUACCCUUUUUCACUGGGACUCCCCGCAAGUAUUAGAACAGCAGUACAGUGGUUUCUUAAGCCAGCUUAUUGUGGAAGAUUUCAAGGACUAUGCUAGCAUCUGCUUCAGGGAGUUUGGUGACAGGGUAAAGUACUGGAUAACAUUCAAUGAGCCUUGGAGUUUCAGUAUUGGUGGCUAUUCUAGUGGUACAUACGCACCUGGUAGAUGCUCGUCUUCGGCAAAGGCAGGGUGUAGCACGGGAGACUCGGGAAGGGAACCUUAUAUAGUAGCUCAUAAUCAACUUCUGGCUCAUGCAGCAGCGGUUCAAGUGUACAGAGACAAAUACCAGAUAGAGCAAAAAGGGAAGAUCGGCAUUACAAUAGUUAGUAAUUGGAUAAUUCCCUACUCAAAUUCCAAAGAAGAUAAGGAUGCUACCAAGCGUGCAUUGGACUUCAUGUAUGGAUGGUUCAUGGAUCCCUUAACCAAGGGACACUAUCCACUAAGCAUGGAAACACUAGUUGGUAACAGAUUACCGAAAUUCACAAAAGAGCAGGCAAGAGCUGUAAAAGGAUCAUUUGAUUUCAUUGGCCUCAAUUACUAUUCGGCAAGAUAUGCACAGAAUACCAAACACAGUAGCAAUAGUAAAGAAAGCUACAGUACUGAUUCACGAACUGAUCAAAGAGUGGAAAGAAAUGGAACAUACAUUGGGCCAAAGGCUGGCUCUUCUUGGCUCUACAUCUAUCCAAGAGGAAUAGAAGAGCUCUUGCUAUAUACCAAGAAGACAUACAACAACCCUACUAUCUACAUCACGGAAAAUGGUGUUGAUGAAAUUAACAAUGAAAACUUACCUCUUCAAGAAGCCUUAAUUGACAAUAAUAGAAUAGAAUUCUACCGGCAACACAUAUUCUUUGUUCAAAGAGCCCUAAGGCAAGGAGUUGACGUACGAGGAUACUUUGCAUGGUCGCUAUUUGACAACUUCGAGUGGAUUGAUGGUUAUAGUGUCCGGUUCGGUCUUAACUACAUCAACUACAAGGAUGGUCUGAAACGAUAUCCAAAGCGAUCCAGCCAAUGGUUUCAGAAGUUUCUUCGUCACUAAAAUUUGCAUUGUUGAAGCCCGACGUUUUUAUGUGGUAACAGUGUCAGCGUAAUGGAUACAUUCUACCGGGAUAGCUAACAGUCUGAGUGGCUCACUUGUAUCUAAUGUAGUAUGGGUAACUUGAUUGUAAUUGUCGGAACAUACUAGUAUUUCCAAUGUAACA